UUUUACCUCCUCUCCGCCACGCCGCCGCCGUCGUCGCUGGAGGUCCGCCGCCCCCGCCACCAUGCAAUCCUUUGCUAUCUCCUCACCCUUCCUCAACUUCCCCCCUUCUCCCAUCAAAACCCCGAGCUCCCGCCGUCAUCUACCCCUCCGGCCUCCCAUUUUCCCCCUCCGCGCCUCCUCCUCGGCCGAGCAUGGCCAGGUCGUCGAGAGCCCUCCGCCUCCACCGCCUGCGGUCCCUCCCACCCCUUACAAGCUCAACAAGUACAGCUCCCGAGUCACGGAACCCAAGUCCCAGGGUGGAUCGCAGGCCGUCCUAUACGGCGUCGGCCUCUCCGACGACGAUAUGAAGAAGCCCCAGGUGGGGAUCUCGUCUGUGUGGUACGAGGGUAAUACGUGCAACAUGCACCUGCUCCGGCUCGCCGAGGCUGUCCGGGAGGGCGUCCGCGAGGCCGGAAUGGUGGGGUUUCGCUUUAAUACCAUUGGGGUUAGUGAUGCUAUUUCCAUGGGCACGCGAGGCAUGUGCUAUAGCCUGCAGUCGAGGGAUCUCAUCGCCGAUAGUAUCGAGACCGUCAUGGCCGCCCAGUGGUACGAUGCUAACAUCUCUAUCCCUGGGUGUGAUAAAAAUAUGCCAGGUACAAUUAUGGCAAUGGGACGACUUAACCGACCAAGUAUAAUGGUUUAUGGUGGCACCAUUAAGCCUGGUCACUUCCAGGGCCAUUCGUAUGAUAUAAUAUCUGCGUUUCAGUGUUACGGAGAAUAUGUAAGUGGGUCAAUCAGUGAUGAUCAAAGAAUGAACGUGGUGCGCAAUUCUUGUCCUGGAGCAGGGGCUUGUGGUGGCAUGUAUACUGCAAACACCAUGGCAUCUGCUAUUGAAACAAUGGGCAUGUCGCUGCCUUACAGCUCUUCAACCCCAGCUGAAGACCCGCUAAAGUUAGAUGAGUGCCGCUUAGCUGGGAAGUAUCUUUUGGAAUUGUUAAAAAUGGAUUUGAAGCCUCAAGACAUUAUUACUGAGAAAUCAUUACGCAAUGCCAUGGUCAUUGUUAUGGCACUAGGUGGGUCUACUAAUGCUGUGCUGCAUUUGAUUGCUAUAGCUAGGUCUGUAGGUUUGCGAUUAACUCUUGAUGAUUUUCAGAAGGUUAGUGACAAGAUCCCUUUCCUUGCGGAUCUCAAGCCUAGUGGUAAGUUUGUCAUGGAAGACUUGCACAAGAUUGGAGGAACACCUGCAGUGAUUCGCUAUCUUUUGGAGAAAGAGCUUUUGGAUGGAGAUUGUAUGACUGUCACAGGGAAAACUCUUGCAGAAAAUGCCAAACAUUUUCCUUCUUUAACUGAAGGACAGCAAAUAAUACGACCACUUGAGAACCCGAUCAAAUCAACAGGACACAUUCAGAUACUUUAUGGGAAUCUUGCUCCAGAGGGUUCUGUAGCAAAAAUAACUGGCAAAGAAGGGUUAUUUUUCUCUGGUCCCGCACUUGUUUUUGAUGGUGAGGAGUCGAUGAUCGCAGCAAUUUCAGAAAAUCCUAUGAGCUUUAAGGGCAAGGUCGUUGUUAUCAGAGGAGAGGGACCAAAGGGUGGACCAGGCAUGCCUGAAAUGCUAACACCAACAAGCACAAUAAUGGGUGCUGGUCUUGGGAAGGAAUGUGCGUUGCUUACAGAUGGUAGGUUUUCUGGAGGGUCACAUGGAUAUGUUGUUGGCCAUAUAUGCCCUGAAGCACAGGAAGGAGGCCCAAUUGGCCUAAUUCAAAAUGGAGAUAUAAUCACCAUUGAUGUUCUAAAGAGAAGAAUGGAUGUCGAAUUGACCGAAGAACAGUUGGCUGAGAGGAGGAAAAAAUGGAGUCCACCAGCUUACAAAUCCACACGAGGAGUGCUGUACAAGUACAUCAAGAAUGUGCAACCUGCUUCAAGAGGAUGUGUAACAGAUGAAUAAGAAAGACCAAAUCGUCAAUUUGUGAUGAUAUAUUGGUGUUUACCAUCGGUGCACAUGCUUGCGAUUCUUCGAGAUGUAGGUCCUUUUGACUUUUCUGUUUAUCCUCGAGCAAACUGAAUGUUGGCACCAAUUUUUCUGUAUAGGUGGAUGUUGGAAGCUUAGUCUUAGUCCAUCUGCUUUUGACUGUAAAAGAACUUUCAGUAUUUUAAGUUUUUUGGAUGUGUAUUUUAAAUCAUCUUUUAGAAUUUUGAAAACCGUGCCAAUGUGUUGUGUGAGAACUUUUUAUUCUUAAAAUACCUUUGUGCUCUCCAUGGCU